UCCGGGGAUGUCAUGUUUUGAUACUUGGAUGGGUUUGGGUCUAGACUGGAAGUGUUUUGGGUGAAAUGUCCGUCUUGUUUUUUGUAUGAUCUCAUCAUGGACAGUUUUGUCUAAACUUACUGAUAUAAUAACUGCGAUUGCAUUUUACGAUAUAAGUUAUGAAGGCAUGAAUGAAAGAAGUUAAAGUGUCAUAUUGUGUGACGGUGUAAUGCAGCAUGGAGAAGGUCCGAAAGAUUCUAGUUCAUUUGUCGAAGGAUAAAGCAGCUCCUCAGUGCGCACGAUUCGUGCAGAGCAUAACUGGACAUUUUGUCGGGGAUGUUAAGGACAAGGCGACGGUGAGCUGUUCUCUGGAGGACAACAGAUUUAUUGUAUGUGAUCAGCUGUGUGGUGCUGGUAUUCCUCUAAAGAGGGCGUCGUUUUGCCCCAUCAAGUACCUGUCUCACUCAGAGGCAGCGUCCCUGGCCCCUGAUACCCUUGCACGUGGGGUAGACGUGGGCGUUGCCGUGCUACUGCAGUCAGCCAAUCAGCAGCUGUUGCUAACGCGUCGUGCCUCCAGUCUCCGGAUCUUCCCCAAUGUUUGGGUUCCACCUGGUGGUCAUGUGGAGCUGGAUGAAAAGCUGUUGGAUGCAGGACUCAGAGAGCUGAAAGAAGAAACGGGUUUGAGACUCAGUCCUGAUGAGAUCUCUUCUCAGCUCCUCGGCUUAUGGGAGUCAGUGUAUCCCCCCAUGCUGUCCAGAGGCCUACCUCAUAGACACCACAUUGUGACCUACAUACUUCUGAAGAGCUCUCAGUCGCACCUGCAGCUUCAGGCCUGUUUAAGGCCUGAUCCUGCUGAGGUCAGUGGAUGUGUCUGGGUUGAUGCAGAUGUGGUUAAAGCUGUGGUAUCUGCUGUGGACGGUGAGGAGGAUUCUGUUCAAAUACCAGAUGACCUGCCACGUACCGCCAGCGUAACAGAAGUUUCUCCAAGCGGUGAUCUAAAAGAGACCUCUUUGCCCGUUUCUCUGUUCUGUAACCGGGCUCCAGACCAUGGUGAGGACAUUGAGCGAGUCAGUACUGGAACCAAAUUUGCCUUAGAACUGUGGUUAAAAACGUUGGAACCUCAAGCCGAGAUGGGCUAAUGACUCCCGUCUAUGUGUUUCUGUUCAAGCAAACAUUUAAGAUGUGCCUUCAGAAGACUGAAGCUGUGUAGGCAGGGCACGGUACUCAGUCAUAUGUCUUAAAUUAGGGGUGUCAUUACCGGUAUCGUAAAUAGCCGUGAUGUUAAAAACAUGAUUAUCAGUCAUGUUAAUUCACACAUAUCUUAAACUGUUAAGCACAUAUUUACAAAUUUGCCCUAAGAGUCACCCCAAACCCUCUCUGCCUCCUAAAUUUGUGUUUUGAGCAUGAUUCAUUGACCAAAUAAAAAGCAAAACAUGAAAUAAACCAAAUUAAAGAUGAA